CGCGGAGACCCAGGCAGGGAGGACGCAUUGCCUGGGAAAGCCGGCCCUUGACAGCCUGGUUGCUUGGAGAUGUCUGCCAGCCUCAUGCUCCCUGAUUACAGCGUCUGGAUCCCAGACCUUGCUCAGUGACCUACUCCAAGAGGAAUCCUUCAAACCACUACCCUGGACUUGCGAUGCAGAAGCCUCGUCUCUUGGUUCCUGCCAUGGCCACUCCAAAUGGAACUCUGGUCCACCCAGCAUACUUGCUGCUGGUGGGCAUCCCUGGCCUGGGACCCGAUGUACACUUUUGGCUGGCUUUCCCAUUGUGUUUUCUGUAUGCCUUGGCCACCCUGGGCAACCUGUCCAUUGUCCUCAUCAUCCGCGUGGAAAGGCGCCUGCAUGAGCCCAUGUACCUCUUCCUGGCCAUGCUUUCCACCGUUGACCUAGUCCUCUCCUCUGUCACCAUGCCCAAGAUGGCCAGCCUCUUCCUGACGGGCUUCCAGGAGAUCGAGUUCAACGUCUGUCUGGCCCAGAUGUUCCUUAUCCAUGCCCUGUCGGCCGUGGAGUCAGCGGUCCUGCUGGCCAUGGCGUUUGACCGCUUUGUGGCCAUCUGCCACCCACUGCGGCAUGCCUCUGUGCUCACAGGGCCUAGGGUCGCCAAGAUCGGACUAGCUGCCCUGACCAGAGGGUUUGUAUUCUUCUUCCCCCUGCCCUUCAUCUUGAAACGGCUGUCGUAUUGCCAAACACGUACUGUCACACACUCCUUCUGUCUGCACCAAGACAUCAUGAAGCUGUCCUGUACCGACACCACGGUCAGCGUGGUGUACGGGCUCUUCAUCAUCCUCUCGGUCAUGGGCAUUGACUCCCUCUUCAUCGGCUUCUCCUACAUCCUCAUCCUGAGGGCUGUGCUGGAGCUCUCCGCUCAGGGGGCGGCCCUCAAGGCUUUCAGCACCUGCAUCUCCCAUCUCUGUGCUGUGCUGGUCUUCUAUGUGCCCCUCAUCGGGCUCUCGGUGGUGCACAGGCUGGGGGGCCCCACCUCCCUGCUGCACGUGAUUAUGGCUAAUAUCUACCUACUGCUCCCACCCGUGGUUAACCCUCUAGUCUACGGAGCCAAAACCAAGGAGAUUCGUUCACGGGUCCUUCAGGUAUUUUCAAAGGAUGGCGGGUGAGCGGGAUGACCUCCCCAGGGCCCUCCGUCUUUACCAAAGACAGCAGGAUUCAGUCCUGUUGAAUGUCUUGGUGAUUGGAACAUCCAACCCACUGGGCAGUCUGCUCCCAGUUAUCUAAAUGGACCUUGGAUAUCUGUCUCCAGGAACGUGUCAGUAAGAACUUUCGGCCUGGCUUGGACAGGACAUGCUGGAGAAUGAUCGCCUUAGUCUCUUUGCUGUGGUGGCCUGCCUUAUUUCUCUCUCCCAACUAGAAAACACGUGUAAUUUUGACAUGAGAAGGCUGUAAAGGCCAUACCUCACGAUUCGUUCCAGUUUUGAUCUAUGAUUUUAGUUAUUUCGCUCCCAUGUAUCCAUGUCAGUGAAUCUGUGUUGGCUAUAAAGAUUCUUUCUUGGACCUCAAAGUGGUUACAAAGUCAUUUUUAGAGGUUAAUGAAGGCAUUUGGAUGAUAAUUGGAGGGAGGGCAAAGACAGUAGGGAGAGAGGAGACAGCUCAUGUGAAGUGGUUACAUUUCUAUAUGCACGGCAGUGUAUCCUGUAUGUAUUUUGUAUGCAUGCAGAAUGUGCCAAUGUGCAUCUCUGUGGAUCUACUGGAAACUGUUUUCCAUAAGGGUGAUGUUUAUCCUGGUUGUAACUCUGAGUAUAUAGGUAUGUUUAUGUGACUAUAGGUGAUUGUGUGUGUGUGUGUAUGUGUGUGUGUGUAUGUGUGUGUGUGUGCAUAGAAUAUGUGCCAAUUCUGUUUUGGUCUAUAUGGUAGCAGCAUCCUGGCAUGUAUAUAUUUCAUGAAUAGUACCUCUGACUGUACAUUUAUUGAG